GAGAAAUCAACUUGAUUUUACUUUUACCGAGUUUUGACUUAUGCGACCAAUUAGGGUUUAAUUAAACCGUCGCUAAAUGAAGAAAACUUUUUCCACAAACAGCGCCACCCGGCGCGACUCAUAUUACCACCGCCAACCACCGUCUCCCAUCUUUCAUCACCGGAACCCCGGAUUCCACUCCAACAACCGCCAUCUCCCUAAUCAUCCCCGCCUCCCCACUUUCACCAUCAACCUCCGCUUCAACCACCGUACUCACCGCCGUGACCUCCGCCGCGACGACCUCGAAUCUCUGAUAAAAAAAUGCAAUCCAAAUCCCGACAAUUUCACAUUCAACAUCAACGACAGAAUCGCCGCUUCUCUCAAUUUCAAUCAGAAAACUGACGCGAUCAACGCCGUUAUUUGGUUCUGGCAAUCACGCCUCUCAGUGAAUUCAAACCGAAUUCACGAUUUCACGCCGGAGUUCAUAACGAACUCCAACAACGACAAUGUUGAACUCGAUGUUCGUCUUCGAAACGUGUUCGCGAGCCACGUGAAGGAAUUAAUGAAUGGAAAUGAAGUGAAUAGAUGGAUUUCUGAAUGGGAUCGAUUAUUGAAAGAGAUUAAUCAUGUUAAUAGCUUAUUAAGUAAAUCUUUUCAAAUUAGGGUUCAAGAACAGAAUAUUGAAACAAAAAAAGUACUUGAUGGUGAAAAGAGUUUGAUUGAAAGAAGAUUAAAGGAAUUUGAAUCUGCUAUGGAGUGUAUUUUGAAGUAUUUAGAAGAGAAGAAUAAUGAUGAUUAUUAUUAUGAUUAUGAAAUUGUUAAUGUGUUUAGGUUUGGUGAAAAUUUUGAUUGGGAGAAGAUUUAUAAUUUAAUUGUGAGGGAACGUUGUAGACUUGAAGAAGGUUUGCCUAUUUAUGCUUAUAGGAGGGAAAUUCUUCAGCAAAUACAUCAUCAACAGAUAACAGUGUUGAUUGGAGAGACAGGUUCUGGGAAGAGUACUCAGAUAGUGCAGUUUCUCGCUGAUUCAGGCGUUGGGGCCGAUGAGUCAAUUGUGUGCACUCAGCCUCGCAAGAUUGCUGCGAAAUCAUUGGCUGAAAGGGUCCAGGAAGAAUGUGGUGGAUGUUAUGAAGAUAAUUCAAUCAAGUGUUAUUCUACAUUUUCAUCUUGGAACAAAUUUGAUUCCAGGAUAACCUUCAUGACAGAUCACUGUUUAUUGCAACACUACAUGAGUGAUAAAAAUUUGUCUGGGAUCUCGUGUAUUAUAGUGGAUGAGGCGCAUGAAAGGAGUAUAAAUACUGAUUUACUGCUGGCGUUGAUAAAGAAUUUACUUUGUAAGAGGGUUGAAAUGCGGCUUAUCAUCAUGUCUGCUACGGCUGAUGCAAAGCAACUAUCUGAUUACUUCUAUGGUUGUGGAAUUUUUCGUGUCCUUGGGAGAAACUUCCCUGUGGAGCUGAGGUAUGUUCCUUUUGACUAUGGAGAACGUUCUGGUUCUGCUGUUGUGGACUCGUAUGUUUCCGAUGUUGUCAAAAUGGCAACUGAAAUUCACGUAGCAGAGAAAGAAGGAACUAUUCUUGCCUUUCUUACCUCACAGUUAGAUGUAGAAUGGGCCUGUGAAAAGUUUGAAGCCCGCUCUGCAGUUGCUUUGCCCUUGCAUGGAAAACUUUCGUCUGAAGAGCAAUUUCAUGUUUUCCGGGACUAUCCUGGGAAAAGAAAAGUGAUAUUUUCAACGAAUGUCGCAGAGACAUCACUUACAAUUCCUGGUGUUAAGUAUGUGAUAGAUUCUGGAUUGGUUAAAGAUAGUCGCUUCGAUCCUUGCAGUGGGAUGAAUGUACUUAAGGUUUGCUGGAUCAGCCAGAGCUCUGCUAAUCAACGCACUGGUCGUGCUGGGAGGACCGAGCCUGGUAGGUGCUAUAGGCUGUACUCAGAAGCUGAUUAUCAAUCUAUGGAACUAAAUCAAGAUCCUGAAAUCCGAAGAGUCCAUCUCGGCGUAGCAGUUUUGAAGAUCCUUGCUUUAGGGGUGAAGAAUGUGCAGGAUUUCGAUUUUGUGGAUGCUCCAAGCCAUAGCUCUAUUGAGAGGGCAAUUAGGAAUCUAAUUCAAUUAGGAGCCAUUAAACUGAACAAUAAUGUUCAUGAAUUAACUUCUGAAGGAAGGUGCUUGGCAAGAAUGGAGAUUGAACCUAGGCUUGGUAAACUCAUUCUUGGCUGUUUCCAACAUGCUUUGGGUAGGGAAGGCAUUGCCCUUGCUGUCAUGAUGGCCAAUGCUAGAAGCGUAUUUUGCAGAGUUGGUAAUGAAGGUGAUAAACAAAGAUCUGAUUGUCUCAAAGUGCAAUUUUGCCAUUGCGAUGGUGACCUUUUUACUCUUCUGUCUGUGUACAAGGAAUGGGAAGCUCUGCCUCAAGAUAUGAAGAAUAAAUGGUGUUGGGAAAACAGCAUCAAUGCCAAAUCUAUGAGGAGAUGCCAAAACACAUUUUUGGAGUUAGAAUCUUGCCUAGAGAGUGAACUUGGCUUUGUUGUUCCAAGCUACUGGCGCUGGGACCCUCACAUCCCUUCUAUUCAUGAUAAGAAUAUGAAAAUGGCUAUACUGUCCUCACUAACUGAAAAUGUAGCCAUGUACUCUGGACGCAAUCAACUUGGUUAUGAAGUAGCUCAAACUGGGAAACUUGUUCAACUACAUCCAUCAUGUUCCUUGCUCAUAUUUGCCCAGAGGCCUAGUUGGGUGGUUUUUUAUGAGCUCCGUUCAGAGACUAAUGAAUAUUUGUUCUGUGUGAGUGCUGUUGACUUUCAAUCAUUAUACAGCCUGAAAACUCCUCCCUUGUUUGAUGUAUCCAAGAUGGACGAGCGGAAGUUGCAAAUGAGGACGUUGUCUGGGUUUGGCAAACAUGUGCUCAAGAGAUUUUGUGGAAAAGGAAAUUUGCUCGGUCAUGUUUCUCGUAUUAGGAAAGCUUGUAUGGAUGAACGAAUCUUUGUUGAAGUGAAUUUUGACGAGAACCACGUUCAGUUGUAUGCCAGUUCACAUGAUGUGGAUACAGCUAGUAAGUUGGUGAAUGAUGUUUUAAAAUAUCAGAAAAAGAGGUUAUACAAUGAAUGUAUGGAAAAAUGUUUGUAUCAUGGGUCUGGUUCCUCUUCACCUGUGGCUUUGUUUGGCUCUGGUGCGGAGAUAAAGCAUUUGGAACUUGAGAAGCAUUCCUUGAGUGUUGAUGUGUUUCACCCAAAUGUAAAUACAAUUGAUGAAAUGGAGCUCCUGAUGUUUUUUGAGAAAAAUACUUCUGGUUGUAUAUGUGACCUGCACAAGUUCACAGGCAUGGUGAAGGAUGUUGAGGAUAAAGAAAAAUGGGGAAGGAUAACGUUUCUGACCCCCAAUGCUGCCAAAAAAGCUGCUGCGCUGGAUGGAGAAGAAUUUUGUAGCUCGCCCUUGAAAAUAGUUCCUUCACAAUCAGCUAUGGGAGGGGAUAAAACAUUUUCAUUUCCUGCAGUUGAAGCAAGAAUUUCUUGGCCUCGUAGGCCUACCAAAGCAGUUGGCAUGAUUAUAUGUGAUAAAAAUGAUGUCAAUUUCAUCUUGAGAGAUUUUCAUAACCUUAUAAUAGAUGAUAGAUAUAUUCGUUGUGCACCCAACGAUAAAUGUAUGGACAGAAUUAUGAUAAGUGGGCUUGACAAAGAGCUUCCCGAGACUGAAAUUUUGGAUGUACUAAGAUCUGCUACAAGUAGAAGGAUUCUAGAUUUUUUCUUUUUGAGGGGAGAUGCUGUUGUAAAUCCACCAUGCAGUGUCAUUGAAGAGGCACUCUUGAAAGAAAUUUUACCCUUAAUGCCCAAAAGGAACCCUCACAUUAGUUCUUGCCGUGUUCAGGUGUUUCCACCUAAGCCGAAGGAUUAUUUGAUGAAUGCUUUAAUUCAUUUUGAUGGAAGAUUACAUUUAGAGGCAGCAAAAGCUUUGGAGAACAUUGAUGGAAAGGUGUUGCCUGGAUGUCUUUCAUGGCAGAAGAUAAAGUCCCAGCAGUUGUUUCACAGCACCUUGAUAUUUUCUUCUCCAGUGUAUCAUGUGAUUAAAGAACAACUGGAAAAAGUACUGGCAAGUUUCAAAAAAUUAAAAGGUCUUGAGUGGAACCUAGACAGGACACCUAAUGGUUCCCACCGAGUGAAGAUAACAGCCAAUGCCACAAAGACGGUGGCAGAAGGUAGGAGACCUCUGGAAGAACUGUGGAGAGGGAAAACCAUUGUCCACGACAACCUCACCCCUUCGGUUCUACAGCUCAUGUUGUCCAAAGAUGGUUAUAGUCGUAUAAGCUCAAUACAGCAGGCGACAGCAACUUACAUUCAAUUUGACAGGCGCAACCUGAAUAUACGGAUAUUUGGUUCUCCUGACAAAAUUGCUUUGGCUGAGCAGAAGAUAAUUCAAUCUCUCUUGUCCCUCCAUGAAGAAAAGCAGUCAGUAAUCCAUCUGAGAGGGAGGGACCUACCUUCUGAUUUCAUGAAGCGAGUGGUUAGGAAUUUCGGGCCAGAUCUUCACGGACUAAAAGAGAAGGUACCUGGGGCAGAUCUUAAGCUCAACACACGUGACCAGACAAUCCUUCUUCAUGGUAACAAGGAGUUCAAAUCACUAGUGGAGGAAAUAACUUUCGAUAUUGCACAUUUAAGUCCUCAUUUAAUUGAGAGACUUAACACUGGGCCUAGUUGUCCAAUUUGCUUGUGUGAGGUUGAGGAUGGAUAUCAACUUGAAGGCUGUGGUCAUUUGUUCUGCCGGUUGUGUAUGGUGGAGCAGUGUGAAUCUGCUAUAAAAAACCAAGGCAGUUUCCCAAUAUGUUGUGCUCAUCAGGGCUGUGGAGAUAUUAUUUUGCUAGCAGAUUUCAGAACUCUCCUAUCAAAUGAUAAGUUGGAGGAACUUUUCAGGGCAUCAUUGGGAGCUUUUGUAGCAUCAAGUUCGGGAACUUAUAGGUUUUGCCCGUCUCCUGACUGCCCCUCAAUCUAUCGAGUUGCAGAUCCCAACACUGCUAGUGUGCCAUUUGUUUGUGGGGCAUGUUAUUCAGAGACUUGUACCAGGUGCCACUUAGAGUAUCAUCCGUAUGUUUCCUGUGAGAGAUAUCGAGACUUAAAGCAUGACCCAGAUUCAUCAUCUCUGAGAGAUUGGUGCAAAGGGAAAGAACACGUCAAGUGGUGCUCGGCAUGUGGCCAUGUAAUUGAGAAGGUAGACGGGUGCAAUCACAUUGAGUGCAAGUGUGGAAAACACAUAUGUUGGGUUUGCUUGGAGUUCUUUACAAGCAGUGCUGAAUGUUACGAGCACAUGGACAUACACGGUAACUUUCCCUUUGCAUUGAAUUGUAAGUUUAGUAUAUUGGUAUAUAUAACUAUUAUGUACAUAGAAAUAUACAGUUUACAUGAACUAUAAUCUAUAUAAAGGUUGCAGUUCUGCAUUAGUCUUUACCCGUUUUUUUGUACACUACACUACACUACACUACACUAUCUAAUCUAAUCUUUUAUUUUAUUUUCAAAAGAAUAUACUGUGGAAGAGGUUUAACGCACUAUCGGUCUGCCAAAACUGAAGAGUGUAAUUGUCCAAAUAUGAGAGUUCUCGUUUACUUGCAAAGUGAAACUGCACCUGACCAAAUAAGGGUGUGCUGCUGCAGCUGAAAAUAUUUUCCGCUUCAUAUCUGCUUCAUACAGUACUCAUAAAUGCUUAUUCUCUCCUACUGGUGUACUGUGUCACUCGAACUGAAGCAUUCUUUUAUCUUCAUAUAUAUUUGGUUUCCGUCCACCCAGUUUUUUUCCGCUGAUAUUCAUUUGGUUCUGCUGUUCAUUAGUGUUUUCAACAGACAGGAAAAACGACCGUGAGCUGUUGCAGGUAUUUCUUGAGAAAAUUGAAGAAGUGAAAGAAAAGUAUAGGCAAGUGCUAACCAUGAGGAGGUAUGCACAUCGUGCUUUUUAUUUCCAAUCCUUAUCAAAUUAAUUGGAAUAUGUUUACUUUGGGUAUUUUGGUAUUAACUAUAAGUAGUGUGUAUUAGGUUUCCUAAUUCGCCCCCUAGUUCUUCAACCAACAAAGCCAUCAAAAUCCUAAGUCAUGAGAAAACACAAUAACAUAAAAGUGAACAAAUAAAACCAUCUCAAUCAUUUGUUGUGGUAUCUAUUAUCUAUUAUCCAUAUCCAACCAAAGCAAAAACCCACCAUUUUUUUUACUAUACUUUGCCUUUGAAAGUCAUAACUCAUAACCCCUUUUUGUUUUUUAAGGAGAAAGAUUCUCCUCCUUCUUAAAAAUCAUUCUUUAAAAAAGGGAGAUAUAAAGAAAUCAUGGAAAUUGAAUCAGCAAAGUGUGAAUGUUGCGGUUUGAAAGAAGAUUGUACUCAAGACUAUAUAACCGAUGUGAAAUCAAAAUUUAAUGGAAAAUGGUUAUAUGUGGGUUGUGUUCAGAAGCAGUGAGAGAUGAAGUAAUGAGUGGAGGAAAAAAAGCAUGGGACAUGGAUGAAGCUGUGAAAGCUCACAUGUCAUUUUGUAGAAUAUUCAAAUUUAACCCUGCUGUUAGAGUAGCAGAAGGUAUGAGACAAAUGCUAAGAAGAAGAUCAAUUGAAUCAUCAUCAUCAUCAACAUCAUCUUCACCUUCAUCAAAGAAGUAUUCAAGAUCAACAAGCACUUCUCAAGUUGGAGAUUCUUCCACUUUCUCUUUGUACUAAUGAUGAGAAACCAAGAAACAGAGGAUACUCUGAGGCAGAGGAUACUCUGUGUUUGGUUAGAAUAAAAGUUUAGUGUUUUUAGCCUCUUUUGGCCAAGCCUUUUUCUUCUUGUUUCUUGUCAUGUACAUGGAUAUAAAAAAAAAAGUUUUCCUAAUUCCUUUUGUUACGUGGAUAGCUGCUUUUGAUUUUAUGUUUAUGAUUGGAAUAUCUCUUGGCCGUAAUUUGUAAUUUGGCCUAGCGGCCUCCCCCUUAUAGAAAAGAAAAGAAAAGAAAAGAAUAUCUCUUGGCCUCUUUGUGGGAUUCUUUCCUUUUGGUUAUAUUCAUAAACAAAGCAAGUGCAUAUUUGAUUCUGGGGCCUAGUAACACAUGAUUAGACUGUGUAAAUUUUGUUGUUUCUCACAAUUGAGUGUUGAAUUUGGGAAAAAAA